AGUACAAGACGGACUGUCGCCGUAGAGCGAAGGAAGGAGAGGAGAGCGAAGAAGAGACGAGGAGAAGAGAAAACACUGAAAUGGUCUAAAAGCUGAGCGAGUAAAACCCCAAGUGAGGGCAGCAGCGAGGAGUUGCGACGCAGGAGGAUUAUUCAUCUCUGUGUGAUUACUGUGAAAGCCAGGAAUCUCCCGCUUUUUCAUGCUGUCCUCACGGAGGUCUGAGCCAAUAACGGACUUAUUGGUCGGCUGAACCAUGCAGAGGCUGCUGCUGCUCCUGAGUUUGCUGAGUUUUCAAACUGUGUGGACGGCGAGGUUCUCUCAGGAGCCAGCAGACCAGUCGGUGGUGCGGGGCCAGAGGGUGAUCCUGUCCUGUGUUGUCUUCAACUACUCGGGCAUUGUGCAGUGGACCAAAGAUGGGCUGGCUCUGGGCAUCGGAGAAGACCUGCGGGCCUGGCCUAGGUACCGUGUGCUGCGUGUGCAGGAGUUGGGCCAGUACAACCUGGAGAUCCUGUCAGCUGAUCUGUCCGAUGACUCCCUGUACGAGUGUCAAGCUCCUGAUGCCGCACUGAGGUCCAGGAGGGCCAAACUCACCGUCCUCAUCCCCCCAGAUGAACCGGUGAUUGAUGGUGGUCCAGAGGUGCUGCUGAAUGCAGGCGAGUCUUACAACCUGAGCUGCGUGUCUCGCGGGGCCAAGCCGCCGUCUAUGAUCGAGUGGCUUAAAGACGGUCUGCCUGUGGACGGGGCCGCCAGUAUUACUGAGGUGCUUCCAGACAGGAAGAGAGUGACCACACGAAGCUUUCUGCCCAUCCACCCCGUGGAUACUGACACUGGGAGGAACUACAGCUGUAUGGCCAGCAACCUGGCCAUUCCCACCGGCAAGAUCACAACUGUCACCCUCAACGUCCACCAUGCACCAACUGUGACCUUGUCCAUUGAGCCUCGCUCUGUCCUGGAGGGGGAAAGAGUCACCUUCACCUGCCAGGCUCACGCUAACCCUCCUAUCAUGGGCUACAGCUGGGCUAAGGGUGGCGUGGUGCUGCAGUGGGCCAGAGAGAGUGUGUUCACCACCAAGGCAGACCACUCUUUCUUCACCGAGCCCGUCUCCUGUCUGGUUUUCAAUGCCGUGGGAAAGACCAACGUCAGCAUCCUGGUGGACGUUCACUUCGGUCCAAUUCUGUUGGUGGAGCCGCAGCCAAAAACAGUCGACGUCGACUCCGACGUCACUCUCAACUGCAAAUGGGCGGGAAACCCACCUCUCACACUCACUUGGUUUAAAAAGGGUUCAAACAUGGUUCUGAGUAACAGCAACCAGCUGCAUCUGAAGUCGGUGAGCCAGGCGGAUGCCGGACAGUAUGUUUGUAAGGCCAUCGUCCCACGGAUUGGAGUCGGAGAGACUGAGGUCAUGCUCACAGUCAACGGUCCUCCCAUCAUCUCCAGUGAGCCAGUCCAGUACGCAGUAAGAGGGGAGCGAGGAGAGGUGAAGUGCUACAUAGCAAGUACACCUCCUCCAGAUAAGAUUGUGUGGGCGUGGAAGGAGAACGUGUGGGAGAAGGAGAAGGGGACACUCCUGGAGAGGUACACGGUGGAGCAGAGCAAGUCAUCGGCCGAGGGUGCGGGCGUCCUCUCCACCCUCACCAUCAACAACGUGAUGGAGUCUGACUUCCUGUCCACCUACAACUGCACCGCCUGGAAUGCUUUUGGCCCCGGCACCAUGAUCAUCACACUGGAGGAGACUGAGGAAGUCUCAGUGGGAAUAAUUGCUGGUGGGACCGUUUGCUCCACUAUCUUCCUGUUCAUCUUUUUGCUGGUCCUCGUUCUCAUCUUCUAUCGCCAGCGCAAAGGCAGUCGGCGCGGGGUCACACUGGGUAAGCCCGACAUCAAGGUGGAGACGAUCAACAAGGAGACCCACAGCUUAGAGGAGGACUCCGGCAGCGUGUCCACGGCUUCGCGCAUGGUCAAGGCCAUGUACUCGUUUCUCCCCUCUGUGUCCUUCUCUCCUUCCAAUCAGCCCUUUAAAGAUGACAUAGAGCUCAAGUCUGACCUCCGCAGUGACACCCUGGACACCCGCCAGGAGUAUGACCUAAAGGAUCCCACCAAUGGCUACUACAACGUGCGAGCCUCCACCCAUGAUGAAGGCCGCCCCGCCUCCCGCUCCACCAUGCACUAUUCUGACUACCGCUCCCCUACAGGAACACCAGGGGGAGCUGCUUCUAUUAGCAGCAGUGCUGGUGGCUCUGGAGCCACAGCCAGCGGAGGAGCCCCUGGUCCCCCUGGACCCCUCACCUCCCCUGGCCGCCCCCAGGCCUGCUAUGACCCUCGACCCCCAUCCAGACUGUCCCACAUCAGCUACGCCCAGUUCAACACCUUCACUCGUGGUGGCCAGAGCCAGCAGCCUCCUGCUAACCCCGCCCCCCCAGCCAGCGACUUUCCAGGGGACUGCAGCCUCCUGGACUCCACCUCUCAGCUGGCCUAUGACAACUAUGGAUACCCCUCACAUUACCAGACCUACCGCAUGGGUUUCGCCCCUUCCAGCUUAGCCCCACUGGAGGCUGGCCCGUCCUAUGAAAUGUAUGGGGUUGGAUCUGGAGUGGCCACUGGUGUGGGGUCCCCUGGUGUUGGGGUUGGCCCUGCGGGCCCAGCUCCCUCGGGAUCAGAGACUGGACUAGGGAAGUACGGCAGCUCUACUCGCUUCUCCUACACCUCGCAACACUCUGACUACUCCCACAGCCGACACACACAGAGGAUGCAGACUCACGUGUGAGACGGGAGAUGCAUAACCACCUCACAGUCUUAGCUGAGCAUGAGGAAGCAUCUUAUAAAUAGCGUCACACCUAAACACGCACACACUAUCACAGAUUUACAUGCACAUUUUCACACGCUAACACUCUACACAAACACAUGCACAGCUACCAAACAUAAAAUAAAACACCACACACACACACACACACCCAUGCACAGACUCAGAAGACCAUGCCCGUGAGACAGGGAGGGUAAAAGAAACACAGAGGAAAAAAAAGAGACGGGAGGGAGAAGAAGAAGGAGUUGUAGUGAGACAGGGAAGGGAAAUUCCACACAAUUUUAAAUUCCCUGACUCCCAAUGUGUUUGUAUAUCUGAGCUCUGAAAGAGCGGACAGCGCAAGUCACAAUCAAGACUGGGGAAAAAAAGAGCAGGAACGAGAGGAAGGAGGGGAGAUCACAGAUCUUUGGAGCCCGUAGCUUUUGCUAUGAAUCGACUUUGUAAAUGAUGAGAGAGAUCGUCUUAAAGCAAACUGUCUGACUGUCGAAGACGGUUCAGAAAAAAACCUCAAACAGUGCAAGUCAUUUCUGGCCGCCAUUUUUUCGUUUUGUUUUGCUGUUUGUCUUAUUCAAUGAUCAUUGAGCACAUAUAUCGUAUCCCAAAAUGCUCUUCUGUACAGUGGUACAUGCCAUCCUUCCUCUGAGGCAGCAUGGAGGAGUGUGUUGGGGCACUGGGUUGGU